GCUGUGCACACUGUGCAUUGCUGUUAUUGUUUUGCAUUUAAAAAUAUUUUGCAUGAAUUUUGAUAAAAAAAAUUGAUUUAAUACUUUUAAAAUGGCUUUAGUCUUAACUAAGGCUGCGUUAGCCUUAAAAAACAGUGAAAAUAAUUUCCAAGUCGUAAAAUUUGAAGCACACAAAGCGAAAAAGAAAACGACCACGACUGAUGACAAAACCAACACAAAACCACAACAGGAGCCGCUUCCCAAGAGGGAUUUAGAUUUAAAGAGGAUAAGGCAUGAAGUUGUGAAGUUUGGUAUGUCAGGGUUUGAUGGUACGAAGAAGGAAGAAGCCAAAAUUGCGUUGGCUGUAAGUUUAGGUGCAAAACCUCCCAAGAAGCAAUAUGUCAAUUACAAGGAGCUGAUGCAGAAGCGUAAAGAAGAAAAGCAGAAAGACAAGGAGGAGCGGGAGUUGAUGAAGUCAAAGAGUGUCCUGCACAGCGUCGGCAAGGCCAAGAACAAGAGGAAACCCAACAAUGAUGUUGGACACUUCUUAAGUGGAUAUGGAAAGGUACAAAAAAAAGAUUUAAAGAAAAAUAAUGAAGGACCAUCAAAGAAGAAAAAGAAAAAAUAAAAUGUAUGAACUUAACAAUAAUGACUAUUAUAAGUAUAUCAAAUAAAUAUGUAAAUAUUA